AUGGCGCAUCACGGUGUCAUUAAGCGAUCAGUCUCGCAGUAAUUUUAGCAUUUAGGAUUGUACCAGAUCAUUUAAACUUUAUAUAUUUCUUUCAUGCUAACUUUUUUUAAUGUCAAUCGAUUAAGUUUAAAUACUUUUGCACGCAAGUCGACGACUAGAUGAAGACUACAUUAGCACUGCUAGCCUGUAUGUUUGGAUUUGCUAUGGGACUUGGCGGUGAUUGCCGUGUACCAUCAGUAUGUGGAUCCCAGCAAGGUUGGACUGAUUUAUCGGCAAUCAUCACAGAAAAAGACCUGCAAAUCGCAGUUCUAGAAGAAAAGGUGACCAAAUUCCAGAACAAGAUGGACGCACUAAUUGCAGGAUGUUACCUUGGCAAAGGCGAGAAAUACAGAGGAUUAAUAGCAAUGACUAUAAGUGGAAAACUCUGUCAAAGAUGGGACCGUCAAACUCCACACCAACAUUCUCGAACAAAAGACAACUAUCCUCACUCAGGACUAGAUGCAAACUUAUGUCGUAAUCCAGACAACGAGGCGAGACCAUGGUGCUACACUACGGAUUCAGAAAAGAGAUGGGAGUUUUGCGAGAUACCAAGUUGUUAAGAAUAAGAACGAAAAAGAAAGAUACUUAUCAAAGAUCAAAAGGAUUAAUAUUCAAUAAUCGGAAAAUUCUAUAAAAAAAAGAGUUUAGAAUCGAGUGAAUAACAAAAUAUAACGAUAUCAUCUCG